AUGUUGGCUACACCAGUAACCCUGCCAUCGACUUUACCUCCGUCAUCGUCCACGCCUUCUCCUCAUCAGCAGACGAACGCUUACCAUUCCUCUCGGCCAUCCACGUCGUCCCUUCCUCGAUCGUAUAAACGAGCAAAGUCGACUCCGUCACCUCACUCCCCGUCUUUCCCUACUCUCCCAAUCAGCUCAGAGUCUGGUGGACAAGCAGGACCUUCGCGGUCGAAACCCAGAGCAACAGUAGCCAGAAGAUUAGUAGAACCUUCACCGCAUUCUUGGAGAUCCGAUGCAAGCAGACGGCGAGAGAUGUCGGUCCCUCUAUUAUCGCAAGAGUUAUCCCAUUUUUCUUUGUCCCAUUCCUCUCCUCCGGAGAUGUGUUGUGAAGCGGAUUCAAUUACGCCGCCGAUCACAGCUCAACGCUUCUUCGCUUCUCCACCUCAAGGCUCGCGCACACCACGAUCAAGGAGCCAUAUUGGACCAUCGAAAACACCCGUUUUGGCAGCCUUACCUAAAGAUCACACGUAUCCAUCUACGGCUCCUCUUCCCCAGCUGUCUUCCCUUCUUGGCAGUCCCUUCUCGACCAAAACCGCAAGGGGGAGAUAUGUAUAUCAUAAUGUGUCUCCUUCUCAACAAGCUACAAAAGCAACUAUGACUGAGAGAAUUGGUCUCGGACGCGAGUCAUUUGAUGAACCAGGUUUAGAAUGGCUUGAAAGUACGGAAGGGUUACCGGUGCAAACCCGGAGAGGAUCGAGAGAAGCCAAGCUGCCUUUGUUGGAUGGAUUGCCACACCCACCUUCAAGCAGGAUGAGAAGAGGAACCAACGGGUCCACAUCUUCGAUGGACGAACUCAGUGGGAGUGGUGCAAGUACAGCUUCACUUCUUUCUCUCGCUAGAAGUUCUAUGGAUCAUCAUUCAAGACCAAACAUCAUCACUGUUUGGGAUGAAGAGUCUCACGGUUUGGAAGAAGAGGAAGAGGAAUCUUCAAGGACUAGUAGACAGUUAUUCGCUAAAUCCGAUUCGAACCUUUCUCUUCAUAUGCCGACGAAAGUGAACAGAGCCUCUGUUCGGCCGUUUUCACUUCAUACGAAAAAAGCGGCUCAUUCAGCAGUUCCUCAGACAAUAAGAGAACCGUUUUCAAGAACCAUGAGCCUACCAGAAUCACCUAUCCCACAGUCAUCCUGCAAGGACGACAUCCAUCCUUCACCAGAAAAACCAAUUCGAUCGCCCCUCUCUGGGUUCCUGCCUCGUCUGCUUUCGUCCAAAAAGAAAAACUCCCAAACAUUCCGUAAAGUAUCGCCAGGAACAAGACUGAGAGAAGAUGAGGACAUCAUGACGGACACAGAGGACUCUACCUCCUUGAAAGGCAGUUUGCGAGGGAAGACCAAAAAUUUAUGGGACAAGACAAAGGCGCUCUCUUCGCGAAAUGCGAUGGAAGGAGGUGAUCACGAGCCCUCAUUGGGAGUGGGGAUAGGCUUGGGUAUUCGAAGAGGCCCAUUCGGCAGCUCUCUUCGAGCUGGCACAGAGAAAUGUGUCGAUCUAGCUCGAUCAUUGUCAAGUGACUCAACAGGAUCGAUCGAGACUUCCCCUUCUCGACCGCUAUCAAACCGUGGAUCAACCAGUCUGUUAGUCAAACCCACUUUACCUUCUUCUCCUUCUUCAGCAGCGUUGUCAGUGAAACCUCAAAGUAAAUCUGCUUUCCUCGCCAGACGCAAAUCAGUCAACGGUCAACUACCAAAUUCCACCGCUGGAUCUCCUGCUACUGCCUCAGCUAAUGCAUCUCGUCCAGCUAAAGCGAGACCACUUCUGCGAAGAGGGAUCACCGCACCAGCUCACAGUCCUUACAAUGCAUCGCUUUUGUCUGCGGACUCAGCAUUUCAUACACCCACCCAUGUUCUUUUUGGUGAUGUUAGACCUUCUCCAUCUGCCUUUGCAUCUACAGGUUUGGUUAAGAAGAAAUCCGGUAUCCAUGGGAUCCAAAUUCCUAAAUUCGGAGGGGUUGAUAGCGAGCCUGUAGGUGAGAUUAAGAGGGAUCAAGCUGCUGCUCAACACGGAAUGACAAGAACUAUCGAACCCCCAAGUCCCGUCUCACCCAUCAAGCCUUUCAGAUUUACGAGACCAGCUAUCAACACCUCUUUGGCCAGGACUGGUAGUUCUUCUACGUCUACCAGUAAUAGCACCAUUACAAGUACCGUUACGACCAACAGCAGUAACGCUGCAUAUAUACAAGCCGCUCAGAAGACAAGGGGUUUACGAAGGAAGGGAAGUCAGAUGUUCACUGCGAGUGGCUCAAUUGGCAGCAUGGAUAUGAUGAGAUCAGACAGUAAUAGGUCAGCCAGGGGAGCAAUCAGUCCUUCAACACCUACUAAACCGGGAUUGCAAAUCACUCCGAUUGGACUUGGAGUCACUACACCUUCUCCCAUCGGCCAACACCAUCUGUAUCCAUUCGCUUCAUCCAGCGGACUGAUCUCAACUCCACCGCAUUCUAGUAUAUAUGCCCCAUCAGAACCCAUCGAGCCAUCUUCGCUCGAGAAAUAUCGUAACAUGCCAGCUCGAAUCCGGCAAAUAUCCAACUCUCAUGCUUCUGAAAGAGGACCGAUAGCUCGAGCUUCCAAUCCCAUGCUUGCGACAGCUUUCAAGGCUUCCGCCUCCAUUCAUACGGUGGUCGAAACUCGGGGACAAGGUCAAAUGCCCUCCUUAAACUUGUUCAACGAAAAUUCAAGAUCUGCUCAUAAUACAGGGGUAGCAAAGACUCGACUUGAUAAAGAUUUCACGGUUGUCCAAGCAUUGGGCAGCGGUGCAUUUUCUCAAGUUCUCGAAGUUUGCGAGAAAUCAAGUGGAAAGCUCUAUGCUGUGAAAGCAGGAAAACCAUAUACCGGAGCUAAAAAUCGCUUAAGACAGUUAGAGGAAGUAUCCAUCUUACGUCAACUGUCUCUUUCACCUCAUCCAAAUGUUGUUGCAUACAUUGAUUCUUGGGAAACUCGCUCAAGAUUGUAUAUUCGAACGACUUUGAGUGAAUGUGGAGAUCUAUCUAAAUUCUUAGGAUUACUAGGUGAUUUUGGUGGAUUAGGUGAAGAUCGAGUUUGGAAGAGUUUGGUUGAAUUAUCUUCAGGGUUGUCACAUAUCCAUCAAAAUAACUUCUUACACUUGGAUAUCAAACCUUCCAAUAUCCUUAUCAAUCGAGAUGGUGGUUUGGUAAUUGCAGAUUUGGGUAUGGCAGUGAUAUGUUCUCCUGAUUCAGAAGGUAAAGUCUUGGGUGGAUUAAGUCCUGCCCUGCCUGGUAAAGAUGACAACGGUGAAUUUGUUUGGACGAACACGCAAAACAAUGAUACGCCAAGAGAAGAAAAGUCUUUGAUGGAUAUCAUACCCAGUCCUAUCUUAGAUAGAGAAGUUGAGGGUGAUAGAGAAUACCUAUGUCCUGAAGCUCUGAAUGACGAUAAGAACAAUAUCGGUAAAGGAGCCGAUAUAUUUUCUCUAGGAAUGGUCAUUCUUGAGUCUGCAGUCAACGUUGUAUUACCGAGCAAUGGAGAGGGAUGGAUCAAACUUCGUAAUAACGAUUUUUCCGAUCUGGAUGAACAUUAUCGACUCCGAUCUACACCUACAACAUAUAAGAACAAUCAAGAAGCCCACAACAAUGAUGGAGAUCCUACGAUACCCUCAAUCUCAAAUGAAAUGAUACUAGUGAUCAAAGGAAUGAUGCAAGCUGACCCUUCAAGAAGAUGGACAUUAAAUGAUAUAUGGAAUAACAAAGUCGUCAAGAAGAUCAUGGCUAAAGAAAGAGGUAAAGCUCUUGUAGAGGAGGGGAGCCGUUGGUUAGAAGAGAUUCUCAGAGCUUAG